ACAAGCAGACUACUUUUUGUAGCUCUCUCGAUGUCAUUGUUGAGUGCUGAGUGCUGACCAUUUUAGACUUUUAUCACUGAGCGGCGGCGAUAAGAAAAAAAUGGCGUCCUCCGUUUCCGCCUUGGCGAUUUCGUUAAAUGAUCCGGCGAUUGGUAUGGGCGGACUCCGCCACCGUAUUCCAGUUUCUCCUGGCUUAAGAUGCAGCUCAUCUGUGGGCUCAACCAUUCGGAGAUCGUCUAUACCGUGUUACUCCCGCCGAUCUAAGCCCUUUGCUUGCUUGGCCGUUUCUACUGACGCUAGUAUAAAGGAGGCUGUUAAAACAGACAAGGCUCCAGCAGCUUUGGGUCCCUAUUCCCAAGCUAUAAAGGCCAAUAAUACAGUAUUUGUAUCCGGUGUCCUUGGUCUUAUUCCCGAGAGUGGAAAGUUUGUCUCAGACACCGUGGAAGAACAAACAGAGCAGGUUCUCAAGAAUAUGGGAGAGAUAUUGAAAGCAAGUGGCGCCAACUAUUCCUCCGUGGUUAAAACCACAAUCAUGUUGGCAGAUCUGAAAGACUUCAAGAAGGUGAACGAGAUCUAUGCUAAAUAUUUCCCUGCACCAGCACCUGCACGUUCGACUUAUCAGGUGGCAGCAUUGCCAUUAGAUGCAAGGAUUGAGAUUGAAUGUAUAGCAGUGGUUUAGUUUCUUUCAUGAAAUCCCUUUAGAAUCUAUUGAACUUUGUCCAAACAAUGGUUUAUGUAAUAAAAUGGAUUCAAUUAACAAAUAAAA